GCUCUCUCCCGCACACCAAGGUCUCCCAUCAUAUCGUCCUGACGCAGCAACAUGGCCGCCAACGCUGUCGCCCCCAUCGUCUACCAGCUGCAGGAAGGUCUUCGCAACGUCGACCUCAGGAGCUUCGUCAACUCCUUCGACCUGAAGGGCUUGGUCAACAAGCUGGACAUCCAGACGGUGGGCUUGGUGGCGCUGGUGGCUGUGGCCGCCGUGUUCCUGUUGGAUCUGUUCACCAAGAGCUACGCCCCCUUCGGCAGGAGUCUGGUGUCCUCUGCCGCCCACGCCUGGGAUAAAGCUGACCAGUGGGGCCUCAGCGAAAGUGUCCGUGGAAACCGUUCCCUGGAGCCCGUGAAGAAUGUCCUGGACGCCCUGGCGGAGGCGGUGAAGAAGUGGGAGGCGCAGGAGGAAGGCGUCGUUAGGCAUCGCCCUUCUGGUUUUCACUGGGAAUGAAGAAAUUUUUACCUGUCAUAGCUGUCAUGAUCCCUUGAAAACAUUUGAAUGAGUACAAAGUUUGCUUGCAGGCAAGCAUUAUGUAUUUAUUAAAUAUAUAUUUAUUAUAAACCAUU